AUGACGGACGUCGCCGAGCGUGCUUCGCACGCGCUACUCGUCGGCACGGCGACGGCGCUGCUCGUGCCCAACCUACCCGACUACCGGCUCGUCGUACCCGGCGACGUCUACCUCGGCGCCGUCAUCUCCAUGUCGCAGUACGAUGCGACCGACUUCUGCGGCGUCGGCAACAACAACUUCAACUUCCAGUUCGUCUGGGCGUUCCUGUUCGCCGUCGAGCAGAUUAACGCCGAUCCGGAGCUGCUUCCGAACGUGACGCUCGGCGCCUACCUACUCGACGGAUGCACGAAGGAUUCGACGGCACUGGCGCAGGUGUGGUCUUAUAAUAACAGGUGCUGCAGAUCACUACCGAAGAUCGCGGCGAGCCCGCUCGGUCCGCGUCGUCGGCGACUGCGUACAGUUCGAUCAGCACUCUGA